GGAGGAGGAAGCGGCGGCGGCGGCGGCUCUGUUGAUCCGGCCGCGGCGCCGACCCGGCUCCCGGGCCCGUUCGAGCGCUGCCCUCCUCUGGCCCUCCAUGAGCCGAGGCGCCGCCGCCGCCGCCCCCCGCCCCGGCGUCUAUGGAAGUGAUGGACGGGCCCCUCAACCUGGCUCAUCAGCAGAGCAGGAAAGCAGACCGGUUGUUAGCUGCAGGGAAAUACGAAGAAGCCAUUUUGUGUCACCAACAGGCGGCUGCAUAUCUUUCUGAAGCCAUGAAGCUGACACAGUCUGAGCAGGCUCAGUUAUCACUGGAAUUACAAAGGGAUAGCCACAUGAAACAACUCUUGCUUAUUCAGGAGAGGUGGAAAAGAGCAAAGCGGGAGGAAAGGUGGAAAGCACAACAGACUGCUGAUGGAACCCCUCAUCUCCUGAUGUCGUGCAGGCCGCUGGCUGAGGACAGUUCUGAGGGCCCCAGCGUGCCCCGGUCUCAGCAGUUGAAUCUUGCCACAGUGCCGGGGGUCCUCGACAGGGACCCAGACACUCUUCUUUUUCUCCUCCAGAAGAGGAAAGACCCGACAGAACCGUGUGCUGGCAGCAAAGUCCCCAAAGAUGACAGAACGAUGAUAGAAGAGCAGGCGACUAAGAUCGCCGAUCUGAAGCGGCACGUCGAGUUUCUUGUGGCCGACAACGAAAGGCUGAGGAGAGAAAACAAGCAGCUGCGGGCUGAAAAGGCCAGGCUCCAGAAGGCUCCCCUUGACAAGGAAUUGGAUGUAGAUGCUGACUUUGUAGAAAAAUCUGAAUUAUGGAGCCUGCCUCCCCCUGUAGAGACUGCCUCAGCCUCUUCUCCCUGGCAGGAAUUUGCAGCCAACACGGGGAAAGCCAAGGACAUUCCCAUCCCCAACCUUCCUCCCUUGGACUUUCCAUCCCCAGAGCUCCAGCUUCUGGAGCUCCCUGAAGAUAUUCUGAAAGGACUUAUGAACAGUUAAAUGGAAGCUCACAAGGGGCUAAAAUGGUGGUGGUAAGGGCGAGGAAAUCAUACAGUGAAAACAGCAAAAAGGGAAAACCACAGAGCUAGGGAUGGUCCAGUCCAGGUGGAGGAGAAGAGGCCUGGCCAUGCUGUAGACCACGGUCACUGUGAAGCACCUCGCACAGCUGAGGAAUUGACCGGGGCUGAGGAAGCGGCAGGUGGCAGGCGCUGACCUCUCGAGGGUCUCUCUCCCGUUCAAACCAAAUGGCGACCCGAAAUAACUUUUUUCAAGCAGCAGUUAUUUUCCUUCUCUUAACUUCAGGGUUAUGCUAUAUGUAAUAAUUAAUCUAUAA